AUGCCAUAUUUUGAGUUAAACGACUCUGUACUAGAUGCUAAUUUUUCCGCAUGUGCCUCGUUGGAUCCUGAUUGUGCUAAUCCCUUCUUACCUAUGGAGAAUUCCUCGGACUUAUUCGGGGUGGCUAAUGUGAGUAGCAUAUCUUCCGAACCAACCAUUAAUAAUUACACUCUUCUCUUCAAAACCGUGUCAGUUGCUAUAGCAAUCAUCAUAUUUAUUGUUGGAUUUGUUGGAAACAUUCUUGUUGUUCUGGUAGUAUGGCGGACGAAGAGUAUGCACACCCCUACGAACUGCUACCUUCUAAGUUUAUCAGUGGCUGAUUGUUUGGUCCUUCUUUCGGCCACCCUUCCUGCCGUACCUGAACCGUUUUACCAGGUAAACGAAUGGCCAUGGGGCCAUGUUAUGUGUUCAACACUAAUAUUCCUUCAAUACCUAGGAGUUGAUGCAUCGGCCCUAUCAAUGACAGCUUUCACUGUAGAAAGGUAUAUUGCAAUAUGUCACCCAAUGAAGGCUCAACGAAUGUGCACUGUACAAAGAGCCAUGAAAAUAACUGCAGGAAUUUGGAUAUUUACUAUUAUGUAUACCGCCCCUUGGCUUGGUUUAACGAUGACAAAAAAGGACCCAAUAUCUGGAAUAGAAAAGUGCACAUAUCGUCUUAAAAGGAACCAGUACUUAUUCUAUUACAUGACUGAUCUGAUAGCUUUUUACGUGUUACCCCUAAUUAUUGCAGCAUGUCUGUAUGGUUUGAUAGCGCGGAUACUGUUCAGCACAAACAUCUCUAAAACACCUGGUGGAAAAUAUAAAGAAAAUGGCCAAUACCGUGUUAAGAAAAAUACCAGCUCUAGGAAACAGUUGCAGCAUGACGACGAUGACGAUGACGAUGAUGAUGAUGAUGAUGAUGAUGCAUUGUAG